CAAUGGGUAAAGGUUAUCAAUAUAAUGCCUAUAUCAACGGACCCUCUUGUUGUUGGACGUGUAAUAGGAGAUGUUUUGGAGCCUUUUACAAAUUCUGUUUCUAUGAGGGUUGUGUAUAACAAUAACCCAGAAGUUAUCAACUGUUGUGAGUUCAAAUCCUCAGAAAUUGUCAACCAACCAAGAGUUGAAGUUGGUGGAGAUGACCUCAGGACGUUUUACACUCUGAUCAUGGUGGAUCCUGAUGCACCAAGUCCAGUUGAUCCACAUAAGAGAGAAUAUUUGCACUGGUUGGUAACCAAUAUUCCCGCAACUACAGCCGCAAGCUUCGGAGAAGAGAUUGUGAGGUAUGAGAGUCCACGACCAACAGCAGGAAUACAUCGUAUUGUUUUUCUUAUAAUUGAAUAA